ACGGAGUCGAGAUCGAUUGCGGUUGGGGAGUCAGAGGAGGUUUCAGAUUUGGGGGACGAUGAUGAUGUUAUAGUUUUAAGCGUUGAAGGGAUGUCUUGUGAUGGAUGCGCUGCGAGCGUGAAGCGUAUCUUGGAAAGUCAACCUCAAGUAUCUGCAGCCACUGUAAGUUUCGAGAAGGAGACAGCAGUAGUAUGUGUUGUUCCUGAAGUAAAGGUUGCGAAUGAUUGGCAGAAGGAAUUGGGAGAAAAGCUUGCAAACCACUUAACAACUUGUGGAUUUAAGUCCGGCCUUCAAGUGAAUAGAUGGCACUGGUUUGGCCUGAGAACAAUCUGAGUGCUGCAUUGUUCCCACCAGCCCCAGAAGGCUCUCAUCUGAUCCGUGUUUGACAUAAAAACAAUGUUAAGAAGACAGUACUCAGACCUGGGGGUUUUUAUAUCAAUAAGAACAAUUGGCUGGAUGAAACCUCAGUUGGAGCCGAGUUACCUCAACCAACUUGUGUAGGAUUUAGGUUGUGCCUAUUUUCAUUUGUUUCAAUAAAGUGAGAGUGUAACCUUAUAUUGUGGUGAUAGAAUGUUAGACCUGUACACAUUCAUAAGGUUCCAGAAUCACUUGUGACGUAUUUGGUAUAUCAAGGUUGCACUUGGAUGAAUUAUUAAUUGCACUAACAAAUUACGAUAAUUGCAAUUAUUGAUGAUGAAUUUGGUUAUCGUCCAGUCUACUUCUGUUAAUAAAAGUCACUGACAAGAUACUGAUGCAAGUUUGACACAGUGCAGUUUUUUAGUGAGACUUUCCCAUCAGUAAGAAGCCUAACUUUACAAGAAAAUGAAUUUGUCUGAGAUUUUCCCUAACUGAAUGACCCUCUUGAAAUGUUUAUCCAGCAAGUUAUUCAUAGUCUGAAAAACCAAUUUGGUCUGCGUACUAGGCUUUCAUUCUCAAAUUGGUCCCCCUGGUCCCCCCACUUUAUUUUUUUCUCAACCUGGUCCUUGUACCACUGAUGUAACCUUAGUCCUAUUUUAAUUUUUGGUUAAAAAUCCGUUAAAUAGGAAAUGAAAAAGACAAUUAUCCCCUAAACCCAUAUUUCCUCAUAAUUAAAAGGUCUAUAAUUUUAUUGAGGUAAAUGCUAUUCCUUUUUCAUCAAUGAAUGAUUUUUUUUUCCUGUCAAAUAUACAACAUUCACUGCUUUAUUAAAAUUUACCUCAUCACUAUCGAGUACUU